UGUGAGCUGCAACACCCAAAAAACCCAAACAAGCAUUUCCCUUUCUUUAUGCAUCGCUCUCUUCUCUUGUCUCGUAUAUUCUGACCCUUCCAUGUGACCAAAAUUUAAUCUCUCUUCUGUCUUCUCUAUGCUUUCCACUUUCCUCCCAUAUGCAUUUAUUCUCCAAACCAAACGAUAUCUUAUUAUUAUUUAUUAUUAUUAUAUAUGUUCGUUUUUCUGAUUGAUUAUUCUACUGUUUGUUUUGUUCUACCACCACCAACCUUUUCAAAUCUGCACCCUUUUCCCGGAUCUCUUUCAAUAACCUUCUGUAGUUUGUCAUGGCCAGAAACAUGAAACAACAACUCUUCUCUGUGUUGCUGUUCCUUCUUAUCCUAGUUUCAUCAUCUCAGCCGGAUCAGCUUCUCUAUUCCGGAUUCAAGAACUGUGAUGCAACCAACAUAUCCUUAAACGGCAUAGCAGAAAUCGAGAAAAACGGUUUGCUAAGAUUAACAAACGAAACAAGCAGAUUAAUGGGUCACGCUUUCUACCCGUCACCAUUUCAGGUCAAAGACAAAACCAGUGGUAAAGUUCUUUCUUUUUCAACUUCCUUCGCUCUUGCUAUUGUUCCUGAGUAUCCCAAGCUCGGUGGCCAUGGCUUAGCCUUCACCAUAGCCACUUCGAAAGAUUUCAAAGCUCACCCAAGCCAGUACUUGGGUCUCUUCAACCCAGACGAUGUUGGUAACUUAACUAACCAUCGUUUUGCUGUUGAGUUUGACACUGUUCAAGACUUUGAAUUCGAUGAUAUAAAUGAUAACCAUGUUGGGAUUGAUAUCAAUAGCUUGCAAUCCAAUGCUUCUGUUAAUGCAAGUUACUAUCUUGAUGAUAAUGGGUCAGGGAAAUUGCAGGAUUUGAAUCUCAAGAGUGGGAAACCCAUCAUGGUUUGGGUUGAUUAUGAUUCUGUGAAGAAUGUUCUGAGCGGCCAAGCUGAAGUUGGAGAUCCAAGCAUGCUGGUUCUAAGAACUGAUGGGAAAGUGAGCGGUCUGGAAGUGAUAAAAGGGGGAGAUGUAAGUAUGGGUCCACACGAUGUGGAUGGCCGGGUUUCAAAGGAUGCUGGCUCUGAAGCGGAACUUGGAGGCGCAAUACCAGAUUCAGAUCAUAGGGAUACGCAGACUGAAUAG